AGCAAAAAGAAUACUGACAUCGGUUGAGAAUUGACCUUCAGCACCCCACAGAGCACGGUAGAAUUUUAGUUGAGGUACAGGCAUUUUCUUUUCGAGCACUUCAUGGCAAUGAACUAUCCUAGUGUAAAAGAUGGUACAUGGCAAAAUUUACCAAUCGGUGAACAUGUGCGGAAUCUAGAGCUACACUUAAAAGAGUUCAUGGCAUACAACCCCGUACAUGUGAAUGUUCAAGGAGGGCAAGAUUUAUGAUUAAUUAAGGAGAAUGAGGAAUUUUUUCAAAAAGCAUUGAAAGUACAGGCUAAGUAUCCUUAAGUGACAUCAUCACAUGUAAAGGAGUCAUCUUCAAGUGAAUACUAGUUUUCUGCUAUAAUUAUUUCCUACAGGCAAUGGGGAACACCUUGUUUGAGGACUAGGUUAUUUGUUUUUCCAAAAUAUUCAAGUAUACGUGGAGAAGAAUUGCUCGAGUUCUAAUCUCAAUCGUUUUUCUCAGAAAGUCUAAAAUAAUAUAUGUUCUGAUUCUGAUUGUUAGUUGAAAAAUCGAUGCACAAGUUUCAGCAAUCGAUGCUCGACUAUCAAAUGCACGUAUUUUCAAUGUUACUAAACUUUAUCAAUCGAUUCCAUUUCCUGAAACGAAAGAAGAACAAAUCGAGACCGAAAUACACGUGGAGGUUCGUGAAAAUCUAGUUUUUUCUAAAAACAUCAUUUGUAUCUGUCGAAUUAUAAUAAUCAACAGCAUUCGGAGUUACUGUAUCUCAUAAAGAUACGAAAAAACAUUGGAAGCAGUAGAAAAUAUAACACCAGUACAAAAAAUCUUGGAAGAAGCGGCCAGUGUCGAAGCGGAAGGAAAAACGAACGAUCAAACGUCGGUAGAAAUCGUGAAGAAAAAAGUCAAUUCACAAGAUCAACUCAUCGAAGUCAAAGCUACUUUUGAACUUCCACGAAUUAAUCUACUCAUCGAAGAAUCUUUAACGAAUUUGUCCAAUGAUACUCAACCAUUUGUUCGUAUGUCAAUCUUCUCAAUAGUUGCUCGAGCAACAAUUAAAACAUACGAUAUCGAUUUCGAUAUAUCUAUUGCUGAUUUGACCGUUAUUCAUGAACAAUUUAUUACUAAAACGAAUGCUCGACUUCGUCUCAUUGCUGUUGAACAUCAUCGCGAUCGUGUAAAUGAUCCAUUUAUUAGUAUUCAUGGUUUGUUAACAUCAUCUGUCAAUCCAUUACUUGCCUCGACUCCUUACAAUGGAAUUGAAAAUCAAGUAAAGGUACAUAUUGGCAAACCUGUCCUAAUGUUACAAUUAGAACCACUUCUAACCAUUGUUCGAUUUAAAAAUGAUCUUAUGGAUAAAAUAUCUAAAGAACAACAUCGUAUAUCGAACAAACGAAUGGGAAAUAAACGAGUUCCAUCGAAAAAACCGAAUCCGAAAUAUGUUGUUAAGAAGGAUCCACUAUCAGUGAUGCCAACAUUUCAAAUCGAUGCUGAUCUCGAUGGAUUACGUGCAAUUAUUGAAUCAGAAUUUGCUCAAAUACUUGAUAUUCACAUCCAAGAUCUUCAUAAAACACUCGAUGAAGUCGAUUGUGAUGUUAAAGUGCAAUUGACCAAAGUGAGCAUGGUCCUUCUCUACAAACAUAUGGACCUCAUUUUGAGCAUGAUCAAUGUAUUUCAAACGAAAAAACCUCAACAUGAUGUUCCUUCGAAUCAGACAAGUACCGUUUCUGAUACUAUAGAAAAAUUCCAAAGACAAGCACGAAAACUUCGUCUCGAUGUCACAAUCAAUGCAUCGAGUAUAUUCGUUCCGACAAGUUCCUAUUCGAGCGAAGGACUUUUUCUUGAUUUGGGUCAAUUGACAAUUCAAACGCAUUUUAUCGAUGAUCCAAAUCGAUUAUUUGUCGAGCAACAAAUAAUAACUAUCAAUAAUUUAUUUGGACGACGAGUUAAGCUAAAUAACAACAAUGAAAUUCUCGGUGAUAUCAGUGUACUCGAAUGUUCCGAACUUCGUACAUUAAUUGAACGUCUCUUAUAUCCGGAAAAGAUUCAAAAUGAAUCACAAAUUACAAUUCAACUCAAUUGGGAUACUAUUCAAUUUAUAUUAGCAAAAGAUGAUUAUGCAUACAUCUGUUUUGAUGCUCUAAUCAAGAAAAUUGCUUUAACAUUGUAUCUCGGCGAAUCGAACAUAAUUACAGAACAUGUAUCACGUAAUGAGAAUUUGAAAUUUGUUGAUUUACAAUUUGAAAUGCUCAAAGCCCACUUUCAACAAUUGUGCGAUUCGAGUUACAAUGGCAGUGUACAAAUUCAAGAACUCGUCUUGGACGAUCUACGUGAAACAAAUCGAUCCGAUAGUAUUACACGUAUGAUCAAUCGAAAUUUCAAUGUCGAUCCGAAUAUACUAAUAUUUACUGUUAAUAUCGAAUUCAAACCAAAGAAAGAAGAACGUUCUAUGGGUAUUCGACAAGUCAAUGGUCAAUUGGAAAGUUUUUAUAUUUGUAUCAGUGCGGAUUGUUUGAUGGCAUUACAAGACUUUUUUGUCUCAAGCUUGUCAUCAAUCGACGAGAUCAAACCGCGUCCAUCACUAAUAUAUUCCAAAACAUUGUCUGAUAUUGAUCAUGAUCUUCCAUUGCUAGCCAAACUCAUAUUAGCAUAUCAUCGAUCGUCUGAAACAGACAAUGAGACAUCAGAAUCUACGUCAUCCUCUCCUCGGAGAACGUCGAAUGCUUCCUAUAAUGAAGAGAAACAAGAAAUGUUGGAACAGAAAGAUAUUUUAGAAGAAAUAACUGGUGCUCUUUCACAUAAGAAAGCGGCUAUUGAAGAAGCAAAUAAACAGAAGGAAAAAGACAAGAAAAUUCAUAUGAAAAAAAUUCUUACUCAAGAACUUAUCAUCAAUUUGAAAAUAAUCGAAGUUAAACUUGAACUUGGCUCAGGUUCAUCGACGAAACCGAUAAUUGCCAUGUGUUUCUCGGAUCUAUUAGUCGAAGUGAAAAAUUGGUCCACUAAUAUAAAUAUUUUUUCGAAGAUUUAUGUUGAACUAGCUUUAUUCAAUGAUAAUUUACUCGCAUGGCAACCACUGAUUGAACCAGUGAUCAAUGAAAAGGGUAAAGUUGUCGGUCCAUGGUGCAUUACAUGUUCGACAUCAAAUGAUGAAGACGAAGAAGAAGAGAAUGAUAAAGAGGUAAAUAAUAGUAUGAAGAUAUUGCAUUUUGAUUAA